CAUCGACUUGUCAAAAAGAACCUCAAACAAAAGCCGCUUCCCGAAAAUUUGCAAACGAAAGACGCCGUAGUGCAGCGAGAAAUCCGGUUUUAUUUGUUGUAAAAGUCGCGUUUGGGCGAAGCAUCUACGUGAAAAUGGUCGAGGCCAACGGAAUCGAGCUGACCGAGCAGGAAGCAGAGCUGUACGACCGGCAGAUUCGCCUCUGGGGACUCGACUCGCAGAAGAGACUUCGCGCCGCCCGAAUCCUGAUCGCCGGCCUGAACGGUCUUGGCGCCGAGAUCGCCAAGAACAUUAUCCUGUCGGGCGUGAAGGCCGUCACGCUGCUCGACGAUCAGCUCGUCAAGGAGUCGGACUUUUGCUCGCAAUUUCUGGCUCCGCAAACCGCACUGGGAACGAACCGUGCCGAGGCAUCGCUCGGUCGUGCCCAGCAUCUGAACCCGAUGGUGGAGCUGAAGGCGGACACGGAGAAGCUGGCGGAUAAGACGGACGAUUACUUCAAAGGGUUCGACGUGGUGUGCAUCAUCGGGGCACCGACCGAGCAGCUGGUUCGCAUAGAUGGAGUGUGCCGCAGCGCAAAUGUGAAGUUCUUCGCGGCUGAUUUGUGGGGCAUGUUUGGGUUCAGCUUCGCCGACCUGCAGGAACACAACUUUGCCGAGGACGUCGUGAAGCACAAGAUCAUCUCGAAGCCCCACGAGAAGACCAAAACCGAGCUGGUCACGUCGACGGUGAAGCGCACCCUGUCCUAUCCCGCGUACCAGGCGGUGCUCGAUUUCGACUUUACCGCCCAGUCGUACGCCCGCAAGCUCAAGCGAUCCGGACCGGCGUUGCCGCUGCUGCGUGUUUUGCAAAAGUUCCGCGACGUCGAGGGACGCGACCCGCUGUACACGGAACGGGACGCCGAGUUGGAGAAGCUGCGCAAAAUCCGCGACGAAAUCGCACCCCAACUGGUGCCGGAUUCGGCCCUGGUGCACGUGUUCGCCCAGAUCUCGCCGGCCGCAGCCAUCGUGGGUGGAGCGGUUGCCCACGAGAUCAUCAAGACCGUCUCCCAGAAGGAGGCACCCCACCACAACGUAUUCCUGUUCGAUCCGGAGAGCUGCUGCGGAUUCAUCGAAUCGAUCGGGGUCGCGGACGCUUAGGGAGGCGCGUGCGGAUUAUUUUUUAAGACAGUAUAAUAUCAACUCUAACCGUGCAGAUGUAACCAUUCAAUAAAUGUAACAAGUUCCACUAA